GCGAGUCUCAAACGGCCAUAGUGAUGAAGUUUCGGCCGAAGUUUCCUAUGCUCCCCAGGCGAAUGGCGAAUGCGAAUAGAAAUGUGGUCGAAGCAUCGGAUAAAGACGCCAGUUUUAUAGAUUGACCCACACAGACAGAUACUUAAAUCAACGGAGAAAAUGUCUCUCACGGAUAAAAAUGUGGGGGAGUGGUUGGACUCCAACCCUUCUUUCCUGUCAAAGUACAUUGAAAAUGCGCCUGAAGACGUCGUAAAAAGUCUUGGACUGAAGAAGGCGAACGACCCAGGCAAGUUAUCUUCAGUUGCCAAAAAUGUCAUGGCAAGUAAACUUUUGAAGAAGUAUUUGCAUGGAGAUAGAGAAAUCAAUAAAGUUGCUUCCAACAUAAUUGCCGCGAGCAAACUGGAUGGAAUGAACGAAAAUGACGUUUUCAUGGAACUCGUGCGAGAUAUCGCUAGCGAACUUGAUGUCAAUGUUCUUUGUCACAAGAUUCUCAGAAAUGUCAGCUUGCUUACCAAGAGUGAUAGAGGAAGUUUGUUUCUUGCAAGAGGUACAGUCGAUCACAAAUACCUAGUGUCCAAGCUGUUUGACGUCACGCAGACUUCAACUCUUGAAGAGUCCCUUCAUACUGAAGAAACUGAAAUUAAAGUUCCUUUUGGAACAGGCAUUGCUGGUCAUGUUGCCCUGACAAAGGAAACAGUAAACAUCAAAGAAGCGUACGACGAUCCAAGAUUCAAUCAAGCCGUUGACAAAAAGACCGGAUACCGUACACACAGCAUUUUGUGUAUGCCCAUCCUAAACCAACACGGAGAGGUCAUUGGUGUUGCUCAGAUCAUCAAUAAGAUUUUUGGUUCGCACGAGUUCGUUGCGAAAGAUAUUGACAUUUUCAAACAGUACCUUACCUUCUGUGGGAUUGGCAUUAUGAACGCACAACUCUUUGAGAUGUCCAUUAAGGAAUACCAGAGGAAUCAGCUUUUGCUAAAUCUAGCGCGCGGGAUAUUCGAGGAACAAACACGUCUUCAGCAACUGGUACAGAAAAUUAUGCUUGAUGCUCAGCAACUGUUGAAAUGCGAACGAUGCAGUGUAUACCUCUUAUCGGAUUUCUCUGCAGAAAUGUCCUUUGAGUUUUCUGAGGAAAAUGAAUCUGUCGCUGAGAAGACGUACGCUUCAGUGGAUGACAUAAAAUUUUCAACUGUGUUUGUGCUAUCUGAAAAGGGUGAUGGAAAUAUAGAAAUUCCAAGUGCUGGGGACAUUGCAACGUCCCAAAAUACAAAAGUUUCGAAAGUAGUAGUUUUCGAAAAAACGCCAAUGAACAUUCCAGAUCUUGAAUUUGAAAGCCGGUUUGGAAGCACUCAUUUUGUUGACAACAGUGGUUUCAAAUCCAGAAGUAUAUUGUGUGUUCCUAUCUUCAACAGCAAAAUGGAAAUAAUUGGGGCUACUCAAUUAAUAAACAAGUCAAGUGGUAUGGCUUUUAAUGAGAAUGAUGAAAACAUCAUAGAGGCAUUCUCAAUAUUCACUGGACUUGGUAUUCACAACUGUCUCAUGUAUGAAAACGUCUGUAAAUUGAUGGCAAAACAGAAGGUUGCCCUCGAAGUUCUAUCUUAUCACGCAUCAGCUUCAGACGAAGAAACCAAACAGUUGGCAAAGGCGGAUUUGCCUUCUGCUAAAGUAUGGGGGUUGUACAAAUACGAAUUUGAUGACUUUGAGAUGGAUGAAUUUGACACAUGCAGGGCAGUGGUCAGAAUGUUCUGUGAAAUAGGAGCAAUGGAAAAGUUCAAGGUCCCAUAUGAUGUUUUAUGUCGAUGGACACUCACCGUCAGAAAGAAUUACAGACCAGUCAUCUACCACAACUGGCGACAUGCAUUCAACGUAUUUCAAAGUAUGUUUACCAUUAUGUUCACGGGAAACCUUGCAAAGGCUUUUGAUGAUAUUGAGAUUUUUGCUGUGCUUGCAGCUUGCCUUUGUCAUGAUCUUGAUCACAGAGGCACAAACAAUGCGUUCCAAGUAAAGGCUGCAUCGCCUUUGGCAACGUUAUACAGUACAUCAGUGAUGGAACAUCACCAUUUUGACCACUGCAUCAUGAUCCUAAACAGCAAUGGAAAUAACAUCUUUAAGACCCUCAGUAAAGAUAACUACCAGAAAGCUUUGAGUGUUCUGGAGCAUGCAAUCAUAUCAACAGACCUUGCACUGUACUUCAAGAAACGUAAUGAUUUCAAGGCCUAUUUAGAACAGGGGAUUAAAGAUUUCAAACCACCAGAGCGGAGAGAGGUCUUAACGGCUAUGAUGAUGACUGCAUGCGAUGUGGCCGCCAUUUGCAAACCAUGGGAAAUCCAAUUCCGAACAGCUCAGCUGGUAGCGAGUGAAUUCUUUGAACAAGGAGACAUGGAAAAGGAUGUCUUAGGAGAGAAUCCGAUUGCGAUGAUGGAUAGGGAAAAGCAGGAUCAGCUACCAAAGAUGCAAGUUGGUUUCAUAGAUUUCAUCUGUAUGCCAGUAUACAAACUCUUCAGUGAGCUUGACCCUGCCCUCAACCCUUUGUAUGAAGGUUGUCUGAACAAUAGAAAGCACUGGCAACAACUGGCUGAUGGUGAGGCUGCAAAAAGGUGAAGACAAAGCUGAUGAGAAGACAGCUAAUGAGGGAAAGAAAGACACAGACAAAAAACAGAAUACCAUUAGCAGCACUAAACCGGCAAACAAUCCCGGGGCAAGAAAAGAUACAGCUGAGUCUUUUCGAAACAGACUAGCAAAAAAGGCUUAAAAUGCCCAAAUCAAAGAUUUGUGUUGUAAUGUGAACUAUGAUCACUUGUGAAAGAUACACAAAUGCUUCACUGAACAUGUUUUCGAGAUUACAUCUCCUUAUUUUAUGAACUAUUUAUCCUUGUUUGCCAGUUUUGUUUGGGUUUCAUUUUACAUAAAUGAUACCAAUAGCAGAUCAAAGAUUCUGCAUACACACUGGUUGCUUUUUAUAUAUGAGAAUUUCUUGUAAAUGUAAAAUACAUUGCAAAGUGAAAAGCUAAACUACAUAUUUUGUGAUAUUUUAAAUGCUAGAAGGACAACUUAGCAGGCUAUUUAUGUCUGUGAUUUUUCUGUGAACUGAGAUAAAUGGAACAUUAAAUUUAGUAAAAUCUUUUAAUGUAAUCAGUUAUUACUUGCAAGCAAAUGUGGUUGAAUUGUAAUAAAAGGGAUAAACAAA